CAUUCCGUUUUGCGGCUAUUAGUCUUCUGCAUAAUGAUAUCUGCCAAGCUUGUUCUUACUGCUUUGUUUGCCUCUGUGGCCCUUGCUUCAUCUAGUCACUUUGACUUGAAGAAGUCCAAGAAGACUGGAACUACCCUCGGUAUCUUCACCAAUCACAUUUACGGUGGAUUCAAGGUCGCAUGGUUCAAGCCAUAUGUUGGUUCUAAUGUAGAUCACGUCUCUUGUGGUGACCACAGCUUGUGGAAGGCCAAGCCAGGUCAGAUCCUCUACGAGAUGCUUUCCACUGCCAAGUGCCACGAUGGCCACUUUGCCGUAGCCGUCGCCUUGAAUGCUGACCGCACCUUUGAGACUUUGUUCCUUGAGUUCGACACCCAUGGAACUUUGCUUCACGAGCACACCGUUGAGAGUUUCGUCAAGGCUCUCCACAAGUUCAAGGCCUUCGAUUUGGUCAAGUCAGAACUUCCAGUUGAUUUGCCUCUUCACUCUCUCUUCCUUCACUUGGAAGAUUUUUAUGAUAAGCACCCAGAGUUGCUCACUUCAACUGGUGAUGCUGAUCUCUAAGCACAUCUUUAGUCUGGCCACUGUCCUGUGGAUACUCUCUGCUUCUAACACCAAGACGUUCAUGGGUUUAUACUCUGACGGUGUUCUAAUACCUUUGUAAGUU